CAUACGGACUCCGCGCGGCUCACUCGCGCCUUUCCCAAAAUUACAUAAUCUGGACAAAAAAAAACGAUAAAACCAAAGUGCAUAGUGUAUCAGGAUUCAAGUGUACUGUUUGUGAUUUGUUCUGUGACUGUGACGAUAUGUAUACAACUUAGGUGCAAGAAAUGAAACGGAAAAGGUGUAUAAGCUCUUCAGGCGUCACAUGGUGACGUGUUGCGUCUCGCUCUAACAUGCCCACGGACGACGUCACAACCAUGCGCUAUAUACUCUUCUGCCUUCUCUCUCUCACUCUGAACAGAAAUCUCGCGUUCGUAUUGGACAAACAGAAUCCAUAUUCGCAGUUUAGAAAAUGGAACGCUGGGUUGAACGGCACAUUGGAAUUAGAGUUCAAAACAGACCAGCAAAACGGUUUAUUAUUGUAUACCGAUGAUGGAGGCACAUACGACUUUUUUGAGUUGAAACUGGUGAAUGGUGCGCUGCGCCUGAGGUACAACUUGGGAGGCGGUGCGCAGAUCAUAACAGUUGGCAGCAACCUGAAUGAUGGCCAUUGGCAUAAAGUUCAGGUGGCGCGCCGAGAUGAUCACACCUCCUUAACAGUGGACAGCAUCACGCAGAGCAAGACCUCACGAGGGAAAGAAUUUGUAUUCGGCAAGUUCAACACAAAUUCUGAUGUCUUCGUCGGGGGAAUACCGCCGUCGUACAACACAAAGUUGACAACCUUGGCGUUGCCGUCAGUGAUUUUCGAGCCCAAGUUCCGAGGCUCUGUCAGGAAUCUGGUGUACUCUGACCUGCCUGGACAGCCGCCGAGGAGGCAGGAGUUACGGCAUUCAAGAGAUUUGAAGUCAUCUCGAAGCAACGUAAGCGGCGAUGCGUGUGAACGGCGAGACCCGUGCCAACACGGAGGUGUUUGCAUCAGCACUGAUGAUGGACCGAUUUGUGAAUGCAGAGAUGGCGAUUACGAGGGGGCGUUCUGUGAGAGAGACAAAGCCCCAUCGGAGGCGACAUUUCGAGGCGCAGAAUUCCUGUCGUACGACCUGACGCAGACAGGGGGGGAGCCUAUAGUAAGCACGCAGGACGCAAUCUCCUUAUACUUCAAGACGAGACAGCCUAAUGGAUUGCUGUUUUACACUGGUCACGAAUCUGACUACCUGAACCUGGCUGUGAGGGACGGAGGAGUCUCACUGACCAUGGGGCUCGGGAACGGGAAGCAAGAGAUCCAUAUCAAGCCUGUGAAGACUCGCUUUGAUGACCAUCAGUGGCACAAGCUCACCGUCCACAGGAGGGUUCAGGAAAUCACACCACAUACGAGUUUUUGCAGGGUAUCUGCAGUUGUGGACGAUGUCUACCUGGAGCAUUCGCACGUGGCCGGCUCAUUCACAAUGCUCGCCAGUUCGCGGGCGCACGUGGGCGGGUCUCUCAACGCCAGGGCGUUACCUGGGGCUAGAGUACAUACCAACUUCAUCGGCUGCUUGAAGAAGGUGGAGUUCUCAGCGGACACCCUGAGAUUAAACCUCAUAGACCUGGCGCGAACUGGCAGCAAGUUGAUCACUGUCACCGGGAGGCUGGACUACGCCUGCACAGCUGUGGAUUCAGCUGAUCCUGUCACUUUUACCACCAGGGACGCGCAUUUGAUCCUGCCAAAGUGGGAAGCAGUGAAAUCCGGCACGAUAUCCUUCAAGUUUCGAACCAAUGAACCGAACGGACUGAUCCUUUUCAACAUGGGCGCCAAGCCACCAAGGGUAGGUUGUACGGCUGACCUGUUCGCUGUAGAGAUGCUGAACGGUUACAUCUACGUCCACCUCGACCUGGGUUCCGGGGGGGUCAGAGUCAGGGCGUCAAGACGACGUGUGGACGACUCACACUGGCACGAGUUCAUGAUGAGAAGGACUGGCAGAGAUGGGAGAGUGACUGUCGAUGGAGCUAAUGCUGAAUUUAAAACUCCUGGUGAAUCCAACCAGCUGGAACUAGACGGGCCCCUCUUCGUCGGUGGUUUAGGAUCAGAAUACUCCGCAUCCAGGACUCCCCCUGCUCUGUGGACUGCUGCUUUGAGACAGGGCUUUGUUGGGUGCAUCAGGGAUCUGGUGCUGAAUGGAAAACCUCAAGAUCUGACGGCCUAUGCUCGACAGCAGGAUUCUGCUUCUGUCCGUCCAGCAUGCCAUGUUCUGAUGAAGCAGUGUGUCAGUUCUCCAUGUCAGCAUGGAGGAAUUUGCUCCGAAGGUUGGAACAGGCCAUUAUGUGACUGCUCUGGCACUAACUAUGGAGGACCUACUUGUGGACGGGAUUCCCCAACAAUUUAUCUGAACGGCAGUCAGCACCUCACCGCAGCAUUAGGUCCGGAACACAUCACGCAGACAGAGGAGUUGAUGCUGAGGUUCAAGACCAACCGAGCGGGAUUGUUGCUGAGAACCGCGUCAGAGCAUUCUGCUGAUAGGAUUGAAUUGUCAGUAGCCGCUGGGAGACUGAGGGCCAGUGUGAGGCUGGGAGAUAGGGAGAAGAACCUCCUAGCGGGCUCCAAUGUGGCGGACGACAACUGGCACACGGUGAGGUUCUCGCGGCGCGCGUCGAACCUCAAGCUGCAAGUGGACGGCGCGCAGCCCGUGCGCGGUAUGUUAUCUGAGACUAUUUUAGGUAAAGCUUCAACUUUAGAAAUAUCAACGCUUCACCUUGGAGGCCUUUAUCAUCCCGAAGAAGAAAUACAAUUGACAUCAACAUUACCGAAUUUUGUCGGAUAUCUUCAAAAGUUUGUAUUCAAUGGCAUCAGAUACAUCGACAUGGCUAAGAAUCUUGGGAUUGGAAGUAGUGAAGAACAGAAUCAUAUUUACGAUACAUCGAAUAUAAUUUUCACUGGGAAAUUUGUGAAACCUGAUUCUUUAAACGUUUACAAAUCUGUGACUUUUAAAUCGAAACACACGUAUGUAGGGUUGCCAUUGAUGAAGGCAUACGCAAGUACAUAUCUAGAUUUUUACUUCCGAACGACUGAAAUGGAUGGCCUUUUAUUCUACAAUGGAGGGAAGAAGCAGGAUUUUAUUGCUGUAGAAUUAGUUAAUGGACAUAUUCAUUGUGUGUUCAAUCUUGGUGAUGGAGUAGUUACGAUGAAAGAUAAAUUGAAGAAUUAUUUGAAUGAUAAUAGAUGGCACACUGUGUCAGUUAGACGACCCACACCAAAGAUACAUACUCUUCAAGUUGAUGAUGAUUUGGAAAUGCAUACAACAAGUUCAAAUCUAAUGCUAGAACUGGACAGUAUAAUGUUCGUAGCCGGAGUACCAAGAGACAUGUACUCGUCACUGCCUGUAGGAGUGUUAGCUCGUCAAGGGUUUGAAGGUUGCAUGUCAAGUCUGGACUUGCCUGGAGAAUCACCCUCGUUGAUAGAUGAUGCUGUGGUUGGAAGCUCUUCUAUUGUUUCUGGUUGUGAAGGACCAACAAAAUGUACGCAUAACGCGUGUUCGAACAAAGGUGUAUGUGUCCAGCAAUGGAAUACCUAUGUCUGCGACUGUGAUUUGACUUCUUUCACUGGACCAACAUGUUACGACGAAUCAAUUGCGUACGAGUUCGGCCCUGGUCGCGGCAUCAUUACCUAUACCUUCCCGCCGAGCGCGGUGGCCGACACUGAGACUGACAAGGUGGCACUAGGCUUCGUAACCAGCAAGGCUGAUGCUGUAUUGUUGAGGAUCGAGUCGUCCAACACACAGGAUUACAUGCAGAUGGAGAUUAUCCGAGGCAACCUAUUCAUGAUCUACAACGUGGGCGGCGGAGACCACCCUCUUGGUGAUGAAGCAGCCAGAGUCGAUGAUGGGGCAUACCACGUCGCGAGGUUCACCAGAAAUGGAAGUAGAUCAGCUCUGCAACUUGAUAACUAUGCCGUCAAUAUUAGGCACCCACAAGGCGGCACCCAGUCAACAGUGUUCAACAGCAUGUCGACAGUGACAGUGGGCGGCGGCGCCGGCGGCUCGCGCACGUUCAGCGGCGUGGUGGCCGGGCUCGCGGUCAACGGCGCGCGCGUGCUCGACCUCGCCGCCGCCGGCGACCCCGCCGCGUCCGUGCGCGGCGACGCCAGGCGGGCUCACACGCCGCUCGAUAGAGACAUCAAUAGGAUGCAGCAAACCCCUCCUUCAGGCUACGGCGGUCCUGGGAUACUAGAUGAGUUGGUGUAUUCUGGUGCUGGUUCAGGGUGUCGUGAUGAUGAUGAAGACGCUUGUGUGUUACCUGAUGCAGGGUCAGGAGAUGACCUUAUUACUCCUGUGUACGUUCCUUCUACUAGACGGCCACCAAAGAUCCCAAAGGAUCACGACAAAAAUAGCAGGCUAAUAAAACCUUGCGAUGAUGAAGAUUGUAUAGAAGGAUCCGGCUCCAGUGGUGAAGAUAUUACCGAGCCAGAACAUCCCAUUACUACAUCUGGAGCGAGCAGCACCCAUAGUAUGACAUCGCCUACAACUACUGCCAUAUCAACAACUCACGUCGUGAAAUCUCUCGAAGGUUCUACCGAUGGUGGUACAGACUCCACCACUGGCAUGAAGAGCAGUACAGACAUGCACACAACGUUACCUGAUCAUGAUAAUAUGCACGCUGGCACGGUUGAUAGUGACACUACUCCGGAUAGAAGAACUACACCUACUGACGGUAAGGAUGAACAAACGCAUUCUCACCAUUACACACCAACAAUAACAGGAAGACAAUAUCCAGAUGAAGUUACUCACACAACUGAAGAUGAAACCAAUCAUAUACCUGACUUUGAUGAUGGUAAAGAUAAUAUUAUAGAAGGAAGGACGCCUUCUUACGAUAUUCCAAUAGAUGGCGGUGGUGUCAGAGGGCCUCAGGAUUAUAACGGGUAUGAUAUCACUACAAAGUGGUACCAACCUAAGAGUACUGAUAAUAAUAGGGUUGUGCCUCCUGAAUCGGAGUUUUUCGCGACCAUUGUUGGUAUAGUAGCAUCAGUCCUCAUAGCAAUAAUACUAAUAGUCAUCAUCGUGCUCAAGUACAUUGUGUUCAAACUACCGUCGUACAAAGUGACGGAGGACAAGAAUUACCAGCAGGGGGCCAGUGCUGCGUUGCUUGGCAAUCAGGCGCAUUCAAGUUAUCAAAGCGGAGCCUCAAGUGGUAUGGCUGGAGGAGCCGUCAAGAAUCUUCAACCCUUACCUCUAAAUAGAAACGGGAUGGUCCCUACCGCCCCCCUCCCUCAACCCCAACCAGUCAAACGCGACGGUAUCAAGGAGUGGUACGUCUAAAUCAUAUCAAAGACCGUAGUUCAAUUAAGUGAGUGAAUGUAAUCGUAGUAGCUUGGAUCCUUGACACCUCGCAAAACCGAUCGGCGAUGUUUAACUAGAAACAAAAGAAAAUGAAUCAGAAAGCGUGAUUGUUGAUAUCGAUAAGGAGUAUGUUGCUUUUUAAGACGAUAAUGUAAGUUGAAAUAUGACUGAUUCGCAAGUGUUUAGUAUUGUAAAUAUUAAUUAUUGUAAUGUUAUAGUGAUUCACUUGUGCAAUCGAAUGUGCAAUUUUGAUGAUCAAAUAUUCAACCUAGUCAAUCUGGAAUUGCAUUUAUGUCCUUGUAUGAUAAAUAAUUAAGUCUUGUUUUUGAGCAUAUUUUGUUUCAACCUGGUAAUUUUUGAUGUAUUGUGUAUAAUGCUGACAUCAAUUAAAAUCAUGUAUGCGACUUUCCUAUCUAAGCCUUCGAUAGUUUAAAUUAUACUAAGAAUCACUUUAGUAACAGUCAUACAUAAAUAUUGGGAUAAGGUAAUUAUUAUCUUUGAUGAUAUUUUAUCCAACUGCAAGGUUUAUAUAUGAACUCAAUCAAAUAAAUCCUACAAAUAUAAAAUAUUGAAAUGAUAAUAUUAAAUGUUCCAAUUUUUAUGUAUGACCAUAUUCAUUAGAUCAAAAAGUAAACGAUACAAUUUGGGCUGCCAUCUUGAAAAUAAAGCAUAUCUUUCUAUUGAAGACUACAACACUUUUACAAUUUCAAUUAACUUUCCUAUAUUUAUUAGAUCUUAUACAAUAUUUUAUCGUUAGUUGGGAUGCGGUGAGUAGUAAAAUAGGAAAAGGAUCAUUAUCAUGAGAAUAAGGACUAAAUUCGCUGAAAAUUAGAUCCAAUGUACAUUUAUCGUAGAGAGCGUAACAACAUGAGCUUGUAGUUUUUGGUACGAAAUAAAUUUUUAUUUUUAGUCCAUUCUCCUUACAGACCCUUUGCUCAAUGACUGUCGUUAGUAUCUGGCCUAAAUUCGCAAAAUAAUAUCAGAAACAAAAUCAAAUUCAAUUAAAAGAAAAAUUGGGUGUUUGAUUCAAAUGCUUCAACAAUCUUGAAAAAUCUAUUAAUUGAAUGAGCAUAUGAUACACUAGAAAGUAUAAUAUAUAUAUCUUAACUAAAAUCAAUCAAUCUAUUUUGAAUUAUUACAAUAAAGUUAUAUACAAUUCUAAAGAAGAGAGUGGUUGUAAAAAACGUUUAUAUUAAUCAAAUAAAUUGGUGUUCCUCAUGGUUCUAACCUAUGUCCAAUUUGAAUCCUAAAAGUCAUUAUACUUCUUCAAAACUACUUAAAUCAUAAUUUCAUGUGUAUACCAUCUUUUAAGUCCCUUCUCUUAAACUGCUUCUCUUGAAUUUUGGUCUCAACCUAAAUAGGUUUUGCAUGCAAUUUCUUAAAGUAUAAUUGUUUACCUGCUUUUCAUGUUUUAUAACUAGAUUGUAAACCACCGUCCCGUUUUCCUCUUUCCGAUUGAAACUUGAAUUAGCUUUAAAUUAAGACGAAUAAAACAUAUUUAUAUAGAUUGUUAUAAAGCACAGGUUCUAGAUAUUUGAAGUUGCAUUUAUUGUAAAUAGAUAAUAUUAUGAUAUUGUAUUGUAAGCGGUACCAUACGGUGUAAACACACUCGUUUUACGGCACAAAAUGUUAGUAUCAACAAUUUGUUUGUCUGUCAAUUUUAGUGGUAAUUUAUAGUUAAUAUGGUUAAUAAUUUGUACCGUGUUGCUAUUUAAUUGUAAUUAAUGAAUAACGUUGUUUUCGGCAACACAACUGUGCACAGUGGUUUAUUAAUGUUUUAUUGUGCGAUUUGGUUGUUGUGUUUGUUAUCGACAAUGCUUAUUUCCAUUUGAGAUUUCUAUUAGAUUUGUAGAAUUUUCAAUAAAUUUUAAAGUUAAUUUGAAUUAAGGAUUAUCAUAUUUUUGAUCUUUAAAAUGUUUGCUAUUGUUGUGUGAUUAAUAAAUGUUUUAAAUUUUAAAUUGUUUUGCUGGCACUGCUUCAGAUUGAUCACAAAUAUCUGGUUACACAGUAACAGUUGUGUGUCUAGAAGGUAACUCGCAUUCCUUUGUUACGAUCAACUGAAGUUGUUAUACACUCGAUUUCGGUCGGACCAAGUUUACUUUUGUGUAAAACCAACAGUUUUUAAAAUAAUAAUAUAUUAUGUAAAUUAUACAAA